UGUGCACCUUUCCUUUGUGGAUCCUUACUCUUCUCUAUGCAUAUAUCCCCCCCACCCACCACGUAGAGGAUCAGGAUUUCAAGUUCGCGGUCUCGUUUAAAAGUUAAAUACAUGUUUUUGUUAUUAUUGAUUCGAAACGUGUGUUUAGAAAUGUACAAAUAAAUAAGUGUUUACAAAUGUUUAACUUAAAAAAAAGUGUAUAUUAAUUGAUAAUUUUGUUUUAAUUUAGAAAUUAUUAUAGUUUUUUUUUUUUUUUCUUCUGAAAAGUGACCCAAAAAAAGGGUUUAAUUUAAAAUUAAGUGUGAUGAGCCUGAAACCGGAAGUGAGGAGAAAUUGAAGUGCAAGACGAUGGAUCUUCGACUCGGGCUAUCGCUGUUGCUCUUGCUUAUCUUUUCAUCCUGCACACAAUCCAAGAACAUCAGAGAUGGCCCGAAUCUUCGAUCGCGACACGCCAAAAGAGCAACUAUCAGUGAAUUUCUAAUACCUCCGGCACCGAGUGGAAAAAUUUUUAACAAUCAUCCUCUAUCCACUAAUAUUGCACCACCACCCUUUAUACCUCCACCUCCUGGCACUUUUAGAAAUGGAAAAUAUCUCGAUAAUUCAAGAACCCCAACAACUGGUGACUCGAGAAAUUAUUUUUCCCGAUUAAUGAGUUGGCUUAAUCCAUGGUCCAGUAAUGAUGGUGGUCUAAAACCACCUCCUCAAACUUUAAGAAAUCCUUCAGUAUAUAAUCAAGAUGAGCAAAGAUCAGUUCCAAAAAAUGGUCCAUUUAAUCCCGAGAGAAGUUGCAAUCCCUGUAAUGAUGAACCUUGGAUUCCAAUUCGACAGCCAGAAAAUUUUAAAUACAUCAAUGAUGGUCGUUAUUUACCAUCAUCGCCAUCGCACGAAAUUCGUCAACCAGAUUUCACCUAUUCACCAUUUCAAAAUAAUUAUCCAAUGCUAAAUUUUGCUAAUCAUCCAAUACCAAAUCCACACAUGUAUCCAGGUGCAAUGCCACCACUUUACAGGGCAACUGAAUUUUCCUCGGCUGGAAAUAUUCACUUACAUAAUGACAAUCAACCUGCAUCCAAUUAUCAAGUCGGUAAAGCAUCAAUUCACAAUGAUGACAAUAGAGGAAGUGCCAGUACAAAUAUUCAAGAUCAUCAAGAAACAGUUAAUCAAGAACCCGAGGUUCAAGGUUCCACAAAUCAAGAAAUUGGAACUCAAAAUCACGUAAACACAGCUCCAGAAAAGAAUCAAGAGAAUCAAAAUCAAGGGGAAAUAGUUCAAAGUCUAGAAAAGGAGAUUCAAGGAACACAAAAUUUAGAAAGUGUGUUUGGACAGAAAAUUCAGAGUAACAAAAAUCAAAAUCAAGAUUUUCGUAUUUUAACUCGCGAUCAACAAAAUUCACAUUUAGAAAUAUUACCAUCGAUUGGUGGUCAAAUUUCAUCGGAACAAAUUCAUUACGAGAGAUCACCAAUUAUUGAUUUAAGUCUUUCGACAAUAUCUCCAACGCCUUUGAUUCUAACUGAAUUAUAUUCAACUAAUAAUUAUGAUAGUGAAAAUUAUGAAAGUUCCACAAAACCAUCGAGUCUCAUUGAUUAUCUUGUCGCUGGUUAUAAUGAUAGAAUACCAAUUCCUGAAUCAACGAGUAUUUCGAAUAGGCCAAUAAUUGAUGCAACGGAAUCAAGUGAAAUUGAUUAUUUUAAUUCGGCUCGUAGUCAUGAAGAUUUGGGUUACAAUGAGAAACAACCAUUUUUAGAGGCAUUAAUGGAAUCUUAUUAUAAUUUUAAAAGAGAAGAAAAAGCAAUGAAUGAAAAUUCAAAAACAAGUGCUACUAAUUUUAGUAAUGGUGAUAUUAGUGGUGGUGAUAAUUUUUCACUUGGCACUCAUUCAAGUCGAACUGGAAAAAAAAAUAAACAAGUGCAGAUAAUAAUUCCCUAUACAUCACAAUUUACACCAAGUCCAUUUCAUUCGUCUAUUGUAAAUAAUAAAAAUGGAGACAAAUUAGAGCAACAAUUGCCAAGAAAAAUUCCUUCAUUUGAUAUUCAUUAUGAUCCAUUUGAUGAGGGUGUAAUUGCACAAGAAUCAAAUACAGUUUCCGUUACAUCACUUCCGGAUGUUACAUCCACUUCUUCGUCAACUUCUUCAGAUGCAAAAAAUAAUUCCAUUGACGUUCAAAGAUUACAGAAAAAUAUUGACAAUUGGACAAUUCAGGAAUACUCGAAUGGAAUGAUUGCGAGUACAAUUGUACCAAAUGCAACACAUCCUUAUCUUUCGCCAUCAAAAAUAAUUCCAAAUGAAUAUUUCAUCACAAAACAACACAACACAACAUCCGACGACGAAAAUUACGAUAGCGAUGAAGACGACGCAAAACGAGUAUCUUCAGAAUUUGAUUUUGAAGAUUAUAAACAAAUGACGACAUUCGAGAUAUCUCGUGUUACUCAGGAACCAAAAACAACAACAACAACAACAACAGCAAAAACGAGUAUAAUUCCUCAAAAUUCAGUUGGCAAUCGUUUAAAUCAUAUUAUUGAAGCCAAAGAAAAUGAAAUUCCCCUCUCGAGGAAUAAUAGUAAAAUUAGUGAAAAUAAUGACAAUAAUAAAGAAGAAUUAUUAAAAAUACAAACAAUUUUUGCAAAUACAUCAAUAAAUAAGAAAGGUGAAAAAGUUUAUGUUGUAACACCAUUGCCAAUUGGUGAGAAGGAAUUAAAAAAAGCUUAUGAAUUAGAAUUGAAGAAAAAACCAAAGAAAAAUAAUAAGGAUAAUGAAAAAAUUGAAAGAGCCUAUCAGGUAUUACCACAGGCGGUUAAUAAUUUAGCUGUUGCAUCAACUGGACCAGAAAAUAGUCCACUUUGGGGAAUUAUGGAACAUGAAGAAUUUGCGUCAUCAAAUUCUGAUAAUGAAUCACAACUUCCAAUUCUCUACACUGGCCAUUCAAAGGUUUCUCAUGCAAGGCGAUGACGUAUCCGUCUUUAAAAAAAAACAGAAAAUAAAGAAAUGAAAAACAGGAAACUAAUGUAUAUGUAUAUAUAAAAGUACACACGUGAUUCCUUUAUAUAUAUAUAUAUAUAUAUCUACGGCGUAUAACUGUACCUGGAGUAAAGUCACCAAAGCGAGAACCGUUCACUCACUUCCUUUUUGCGAAUUAUAAAAGUUGAUCACAUAUCAGGUUUACUAUACAUAAUUUUUUUUUUUUUUUUUUUUUUUUUUUGCCCACGUUUCAUGGGGGUAUAUAUAUAAUAGUCAGCAUUGAAAUAAGAAUCGCGCCAUUAUGAAAAAUUAUUACCUUAUAUGAAAAAUAAAUGCCGUGCGGUAAAAAUUGAAAGUCAUUUUCCUCAUUCAAUUAGUAAUUUUUUCUUACUCUAUUAUCUCAUUAUUACAAUUUAUAAUUAGAGCGAAAUUAAAAUUACAUUCUGCCCAGUAAAUACAGAGAAAUUACAUUUUUUUGGCCAAAAAUUUGAAAAAAACUACUAAUUUAGAUAAUAUUAUCUAGAUAAGAUAUUAUCGAGAUAAGCUACUAAUAAUAACGGUACUAUUUAGAUAAGAUACUAUCUAGAUAAGGUACUAUCUA